AUGGCAACUUCUAUAUUAUUAAGAUGCCGAAACCCUGCACUUUCAGCACUAAGUUACCGGUUGUCCUUAUUGUUGUGGCAUGGAGGUGCUGAGAAACAGGUACUUUAUUUUCUUUAUAUUUGUAUUGCAAACAAACGGGCAAAACAUGCGGUUUUCAUUUCUUAAAAACGAGCAAGUAGAAUAGUACUCACUUAUCACAUAAUUUUACGAGGCGACAGUUAGGCAACUUUAUUCACACGGUUCAGUGUUUUCAUCUGGUUUACUCUAUCAACGUUUCUGUGAUUACAGUAGGAAUUUUGCAUAUGAAAUUGUAAGAAACAUAUGAAGCGACUAGGCAAGUGUUUUAACACUGAAUCAGUUAUUUAUCUAUAUUAUUUACCUAUGCAAAAUUCCUAUUGAGUAUUGUAUCACAAAAACUUUAAUAGAGUUUAACUAGCCUUUACUGAUUUCUGAGAUGUUCAAAUGGCUUCAACACUGUCUAAUUGACCAUGCUGAAGGUGUUUGAUCAAAGAACUAUAUUGAAUGAAUGUUUGAAAGUGUUUAGUUGAAAGUGUUUAGUUUAUUAACACCAUAAGUCCCAUAUUAAAAUGGUGAUAACAGGGAGAGGUUCCCCUAUAAGGGGUUCCCCUGGCGGAUUUCCUUGCUCUUCCUGGUGAUUAAUUUAAAAUUUAUACAGCCCUAAUGGUAGCCAUUAACAGAUGCUUAAUUGAUGUCAGCCAUAUUAACACAGUACUACUGCUUUAUAGCUAUUCAAAAGACUGAAUAGGUGGGGAAUUUCAAUGAGUCAUUGGAGAACUUUAAGGUUGAUGAAUUUGGCUUGAAUUUUGAUGAGCAAAUUAAGACAUGGAAACAAAUUCUUGAGCAUAGCCACAACCUUGAAUCAGCUGUUAGAUUCAUCCAGAGUAUCAAUAAAGAAGAGCUUGUUCCAACAAGCCUUGUUGGUCCACCAAUUAUCACAACUGAAUCUGUCAGUGAUAGUCAAAUAGCUAAUCCUUCAUUUCAAACUGAGUCACUACAUACAAAGUAUGGUAUUGAUGAGAACAUAUUAAAAGAGAAACUUAAAGCUAAAGGUGCAGUUGAAGGAAGAUUCAACGAGGCUAUCAUCGACGAAGUCAUGGAUAAACUUAGGAACUUGUGUAGUUCACAUGCUUCAUACGAAGAAAACCUAAAAUAUACUCAGAUGAAAAUUGAAUUGUCUCAUGCCCCUGGGUAUCAACUGACUGGAGACAAUGUGGACUUGUAUGUUAAGGUGAAGGACAUGUCAAGCACAAAUCAGAAUUCCAGUAUACAUUGGUUUAACAUAAAUGCUGUCGUCAACAGAGUGAAAAAUAAUCAGCUGAACAAUAACAAACCAAUCAUGUCCGUUCUUGAAAUGGAGAAUUCACAGUUUCUUCCAUCUGCUCAAGACAACGUUAACAUCCUUCAGGAUUUUAUUCCUCUUGUAAGUCGUGUUCUGGUAACCAAUAUUUCUGCAUUGCAACAAUUUAAGAAAUCAGUUGUUUGGCAUAUACCACACAAGUAUACCAACAAGAUGAAGCAGAAAUCUACCCAGGUGUAAUAUAUAGUAUAUGUAUAUUAUAUUUUUUUCAGUGAUAUAUAGACACCCAUCUGAUUGACAGGUAGAUAACUUGAUACAAGUAAAUUUGCGGCAGUUGAUUGAAAAAGGAUCUUUUAAUAUUUGUUGCAGAAACACUGGGAGCCUGCCAGAUUUUUUAGUUUUGUUGCUUGUCCCUGUGCAAGUCCAAAUACUUUUGGUUAAUACAUUAGACUGGUGGCUUAAAUUGUAGAUAAUAAUUAAAUUAAGUAAGCAAAGAGAUGUGUAAUUGAUCUCAAACUUUUGUCAAUUUGACUUAUCAAUUUAAAAGCUAUUGAGUAGGUAAAUAGGGUUAUACUCCAGGGUGUGAUAAUUCACGAUUUUUAGUCAUACCUCACUGGUACGCCAAUGAUUAUUGCUGCUUACUAAUGAGCUGCAUGCAUGAUUAAAACUCAAGAUGUUAGUUAGUCUUUAAAAUGAAGUACACAAAGUACAGGUUUCUGAAAUGUAUUCAUUCAGCAACCUGAAAAAUAAUAAGUAGUGCAGUUCCAUAUAUACAAAUACUACAAUCGACUCGAUCUAACAUUGCUUAGUCCAGUCAUGUUUCAUGCCAAGACAUGUCAGUCAUGUACUGACUUUAUUACAGUUUUUAAUACAUUGGGUUUGGAAAAUCGUAUGGCACCAACAAAAAGUAAGUACGCAGAUAGCAAGAGUUCUGCAUACCUACAUGGUACUUGGCUAACAAAUAUGUACCAGACCGUAAUGUUGGCGUACCUCUGGUACGUAAGUAUGUGAAUUAUCACACCCUGGUUACUCAGGUUACUGCAUCAGUUGCAGCUAUGAACUUGGCAUUUACAUAUAUGCCAAGAUUUACAUUAUUAAUCUUCUGUUCAUUAAUGUCAUGUUGUAGGUACCUGUUGGACUAUUAUUUAAGAAUGAGAACAUAAAUGAAGAAAUGAUAGACAUUCUUCAAACAAUUCACAACAAAUAUCUACCUGUAAGCACCCAUACGAAAAGUUACAGCCUGACUGAGCAAGAUUCUGGCCAGAAUCUGGCCAUAAACCAAUUAAAGCAGCGGAAAUUGAGCGAGACGCAACCAGACAUUGGUUUUGUCUCGCUGCCCGUUAUGAACGAGACAUUUGUAUCGCCUGUUUAUGGCUGCAAAUUUGGCCUGAAUGAGCGUGACAUCGCAAGACAAAUUGUCUCGCUCAAACGAGACAAUUGUCACGCUGCUUUUACAGCGAAACAUGGACGAUAA